GCUCGGUUCCGGUUUUAGUGCCCGCCUGACGGAGUUGUGUUUUUCUGGACCCCGCGUUGUGAUCGUCUUGUAAUGUGCUACGCUCGGAGUUCCCACGCGAGUCUCAUUCAAAUUCCUCGCCCAACGGCGGCUUGAACCCACCAUGCUUUGACCGUGCGGACCCCGUAGUGCCCGGAAAAACGGUAGCGCCACAGUCGAGAGCACCGUCGGCCCCUCGAGAAAGUUGCCGCAUCCGUCGCGGGUCGGGAGAGACCCGCCGUCUUGUUCCCGUGCGAUGUCCGCUGUGCCGGUCAGGAACUUUUGACAUUGGACAUCUAGAUACGCGUCGGAAACUCCAGCCUGCGCGCGUUGUGUGCUUCUCGGCGAGGAAUUGCUCAUGGGAAGGACUCACUUUCCUUGCUAAGAGACACUCCGGAGGAAGCAGACACUCGCCUCUGUUCAACCAUGCCUCUCUACGGCAAGCACCCAUUCAUUCGGCAGAAACCACCGGCCGAUCUCAAGCCGAACGACGAGGUUUUCUUCUGCAAGAUCACCAACGAGGGCUUCAGAGACUACGACGAGUACUUUGCUCGUGUGAUCCUGUGCAACAGCCUGGUGUGGACAUGCAGCCUGACAGGAAAGCCAGGCCUCACGUACCAGGACGCCCUGAGCUCCGAGGAACACGCCCUGAAGAUUUUGGCAUCGUUCCCAACGGCGCUGAGGAAGCCAUUGCUCUACAUUGCUAACCUAACGAGGAGGGGCCGCCUCGCCGACCUCUGCGACGAUGUCUACUCGUUCGCACGUGACCGGUACUUUGUCGGCGAGUCGGUCGAAGUCACCAUUAAGAGCCACAAGAAAACGUGCACUGUUGCGGCUGUGGUGUCGCCCCCGUCUAAAGCGAAGUCACCAGUUAAGGUCACUCCUGGUUCUCCUGCACCGAGCACUCCUGCUUCACCUCUCAAGAAGGCUAUUGGUCAGUCCACACCUUCUGACAAGGUCAAAUACCAGGUCGUCGACCCUGAGGGCAAGGUUCACACCGUCCCACCAACUGACGUCUGCCGGAAAAAGAACUCCUUCACGAGAGAGAAGAAUCGCAUCUUCCUUCGUCAGGCCACAGAGCUCGACAAAGAUGGGAUUUUGCGAGUUAAGGAGAAGACCCAGAAGAAGUAUGGUCUGCAUCAGCUGACGUUUGGCGAAAUCUUCACGGGCGCCUCCCCAACAUUCACAGUGUCUCCCAAGAACAGGCCCUCGGCUGGGGCAGCCACACCUGGCUCGCCCGACGGCAAGGCCAGCAAGCCCCGGAAGUCGAAGCAGACCAGUAGCCCCAAAAAGGAGGCUGCUCCAGCGACUACUAAUGGCAAGAAAGAGCUUGCCGAGAAGCCAAAUGGCAUUGCUGCCGCCAGUGUGGACCGUCCGUCGGCUGAAGAACUAGCCAAAGCAGCAGCCGAAGCCAAGGCAGCAAAGGAUCGGGAGUUCGAAGAGCUUCUGAAGCUGAAGAUUGCUCAGAAGGAAGCCCGGCAAAAGAAAAAGAUAGAGGAGCGGCGUCUACACGCCCAGUUCCUGACAGAGUGGAACCGUCCCCGGGAUGACCUGGAGUGCGACGACUUACGGGAGCUGCCGCCCUUCGUGCCACUGCACUGCGCCAUUCCCCCCAAGCACUUUGGGGACUUCAUGGUCGUCCUCGAGUUCCUCAGCUUGUUUGCCCAGCAGCUGGACCUCAAGGACUUCUUCCCAGCGGGCGUCAGUUUCGAUCUGCUGGAGCGUGCUCUGACGGAGACAGAUGUCCUAGGUACACUCAGCGACAUCUUCCAGCUGCUGCUCACAGCAGUGUUCCGCACACAGGAGGAAGAGAUGGAGCCUUCCAAGGGCAGACGGCCGCAAGGGGAGGAGAGCUCGGAUGAUGAACCUGAGGAGGAAGAGACGAACAGGAGUCGUGGCGCCCUGCAGGCCAUUCGCAAGGCACAGCGAGCUGCGACAACUGUGUCCCUGAAGCAGCAGCAAGUGCUCGGUUUAAAACUGAGCAAGGUAACGGUGGAUGCAUUGUCGCUGAGCGAGGUUCUCCGGCUACACUUGGCUUCGAGCGGAUCCCUGGAUGUCGGGAGGAAAGUGUUCAGUGGCUGGUAUUCCCAGGAAGAGGAUCCAGGGCUCUGGUUCGCCACUGAGGAGCCCGAGAUCAUGGCUCGCCUUAGUCAAGGAAGCAUUCACGACUUGGAGAUUGGUGACAAGGUUAAACUGCUGCGGGUGUUGGUGGACCAGCUCCUGUCGAUGGAGUCCUUCCGGGGCGUCAUCGAAGAGAACCUCAUGAAGCUGAAGCAGCUCAAGCUGGACUUGCGCCAGAUCCGGCUGUCAGCCAAGCAGCAGGAGGAGCCCAAGAAAAAGAGGAACCAGAAGGAAGGUGCACCUGAAGCAAAGAAGGAGGGAGCAGCAGAAGGGGCCGAGGAGGAUGCCGAUGACAAAACGUCGGAUAAGACUGAGCAAAAUGGCAAGGUCAAUGGCAUCAUUCCCGAGGCCCUGAAGACCCCGCAACAACGCAAGGAAGAACAGCGCCGGAGGGAAGAGCUCGAGCGGAAGGAGCAGGCCCUGCGGAAGCAGGUUGAGCAGCUUCAGUCCUUCUGGUCUCUGCAGCCGCUGGGUGAGGACCGCUGCCACCGUCGCUACUGGCAGUUCAACGCACUGCCGGGGCUGUUUGUUGAAGACAACGACCCGCACCGAGGAGCCUGCAUACCCGGCGGCACUCCGCUGGUUCGUUGCGAACUCCCGAAGCACCCUUCGGUGACCUUCAUGGAGGCGUUCCUCCUGCACAAUAACCGCAAGCGUGGCGACAGCGGGGACAGUGCGGCGCUCAGCGACAAGGAAAACAAGGAAGCCGCUGCCGAGCGGAAGGCCCUCCAUGCGGAAGGCAAGGCACAGAAGCUCUUGUGCGACUCGAACCCGAGGGUGGCGGCGGGAGCAGGCAGGCGUACGUCGGUCGAGACACCCGCUGUCAUGAUGAACGGCCUGCUGGACCCCAAGCGAGAACUGAGUAUAGUGUUGGACAAAGUGGACAAUGUUGUUAAUGAGGGGGUGCCAACGCAACCGGUGAACGGCACGCAUCCCUAUGGGUCGUGCUCGGGUAAUGCGGUGACGUGUACAGUGCACGGUGAGGUGGCCAGGAGUGCAAUGCCCCGCUGGUGGUUGCCGGAACAAGAGGAGCUGGGCGCCCUCAUCGGGGCGCUCAACCCUCGUGGUUUUCGGGAGAGCAAGCUCAGGGCGGUCCUCAAGAGGGAUCAGGCUGACCUGGAAGCAGUUGUGGCCAAGUGUCCUGGUCGUAAGCUCAAUUCAGAGGUGGUGUGGCCCGAGGAAGAUGAAGGGGAAGCUGAAGUGCGCAAGUCCUCGCGUCUCCAGUCGGGUCCCAAGCCAUCGGCUAUGGCUGGCUACCCGUCCCGGCUGGCUCAGGUGUAUGGCUUCCGGGAAGCCCUGCUUGACCUGGAAGAGAAGCUGUACACCGGCAGUCUUGGCAUCAUCAAGGUUGAUCGAGUCCAAUGGAGAGAAAAGCUGGAUGUUCUCUUGGCAACAGUUGAGGCGGCAGACAAGGACCAAACGGAACUUGUAAAAAUCGCAUCCACCUUGGACUACGAGUCUGAUGUGCGUGUCCUAUCACAAGCGCUGCUUGAUGUCUCGAUGGGCAUCGAGGCAAGGUUUCUUCAGCCACCUCUGGGAGAGUCUGAAGAACAGCGGAAAAAACGGAAAGCUGCGGAGCUUGCCCGGAAACAGAGAAAGGAAGACGGGGAGGACGUGCCUGACGAGCCGCCUAGCAAGCCGUCGUUGCUGGAGAACUGGCGAGAGUCUGUCAGCGGGUGCACAUCGGUGGCCCAGCUGUUUCUGCACCUGUCGUCGCUGGAGCGCAGUGUGGCAUGGGACCGGUCAGUGCUCAAGGCCUACUGCCGCAUCUGCCGGCGGCGGAGGGACCCGGAACGCAUGCUGCUCUGUGAUGGCUGCGACCGCGGACACCAUCUCUACUGUCUCAAACCUCCACUCGAGGUAAUUCCCAAGGGCGACUGGUACUGCAUAUCCUGUCGUCCCAAGGAGAAGCCGGCCUCCCCUGCCAAGCGCAAGUACAUUGAGGAAGAAGAGGACGACGACCAGGAGGAGGAAGACGAGGAAGAAGAUGAGGAGGAGGAAGAAGGGUCCGAUGCUGCUGAGAAUGAGAGCGAAGCCGAAUCUUUGUCCGAUGGCAACGACGAUUCGUGUGACGCAUGCGGCAAGGGUGGCACACUCAUCUGCUGCGAUUCCUGCCCGCUGGCCUACCACCUGGAAUGCACACAACCACCACUGCGCAGGCUACCAAGAGGAACGUGGAACUGCCACAAGUGCACGGUCGCAAAACAGCGUUCGUCUAGAGGAGGAAGGGGAAAGGGCUCCAGAACACGGUCCCAAAGUGCUGCUGCAGAGUCGAAGCGCUACAUCGAGAGGCGGCAGCAGAAGGAACAGAGCAAAAAGCAGCCUCAGUCUGCCGCACCUUCUGACCCAUACCGACCGCCCCGAAUAAGCUUCAAGCGCUCCAGGGUCAGCUGGGAGGAUUCAUCCUCGGUCAGCGAGGAAGGCGUUACAUCACGGGCUUCAUCACGGCGCUCCAGCCAAGAUCUCCCACUUGACUUCAAAGCCUGUGACGAGAUUCUGCAGUCACUUGUCCACGACCAGAAUUCAUGGCCUUUCCACUGCGCAGUCAGUCGUCGGGAUGUUCCUGACUACUAUGAUGUCAUCCGGCGACCUAUGGACUUGGGCAAGAUUAGGGGCAAACUGAGCGGCAUGGAGUACCGCACCACCAAGGAGUUUGUGGCCGACAUCUACCUCAUCUUCCAGAACUGCAGCGUCUACAACAGGCCCGGAUCGCUGGAGCACUCGUCUGGUGUCUCCCUGCUGGGCACCUUUGAGCGCCUUCUGUCCCACCACGGGCUUGGACGGUUUCCACAUGCUCCGUGUUUCGAGGACGAAGAAACUGGCAGCAAGCGAACGUCCAAGCGCGUGUCGAAAAGGCCUUGUUGCGACAGCGACAGUGAAGACCACGGCUCAGCGAAGCGCGGGCCGGCGAGCCCUCUCAAGGACGCCGCCACAUCGUCGUCAACCAGGAGCAGUGGCAAGCGCCGCACACACUGACUCAAGUGCUUGCAUCGUUUCCCGUCUUCUUGAAGACAUCAUCCCUCCCCUGCCGCCUCCCCAUUUCAGUUCGCACAUUACCAUCAUGUACAGUGUCCCUGCCUUCUUUGUUUUUGUUUCUUCCCUUCUUAAUUAGAAAAAAAAAAUGAAACUGGCUCGACUGAAAUUUUUGUCUUUGAUAGGGGCGGGAAGCCAUUUGGAGCUGCUAUUGGCUCCCACGGAUGUUUAGAGAAAACAGUUUUGCUGCAUUUUGUCUGAAGUGUGAGAUUGACGAUACUUAAAAAAUGGAACGGACGUGGGUACAGAAGGCUCCCGAGGCCCCAAAAGAUGUUCAGCACUGACCAUCAACUGGGAUUGGUGAACGGUGUGUCGUGCUGCGUCUGCCUGUCGUUGCCGAACUACUGCUGUCCCCCUCUCUCCGGUGAUUUGAACGCAUGCGUGUAGACCGGCUCGACCUUUCCUUUUCUGUUCUGUAAAAUGGCUCGGAAGUUUUUUUUUUUUUUUUUCUUUUCCCUGCACUCAUCUGUUGCUAAUAUUAUGCUAGCUCUGGGCAAGUUGAGUAGUUACCAUCAGGAUUGAAAGCAACAAGACAAGUCACCUUGUCACUAUCAUAGGUAUACAUAACACAUUCUCUUUUUUUUUAUUUUCCUUAUCAUAUAUACUUUAUUGCAGCACUCUUGUGCAAUUUCAAUGCUUUAGCUUUAUGUAAUGUUUCCACCACUGUCUUAAUAUUCAAGUGUACGCAUGAUCUUCCCAAAGUGUUUAUGACGCAUGUACAAGUUGCAGUUAUAAAUUUCUUUGCUAUGAGUUUUCGCUGUCUUUUUCUUCACGACAGUGGAACGUUGUCUUGUUGAGACUUUCAAUUUCUGUGGGUAAUGACCCCCGUUCUGGGUCUUCAUAGCCUCUGUUCUUGCUGUACAUAAAUGCAAGGAAGCAGCGAAUGUUGUUGGCAUCGAAGUUAGUUACUAGCCUUUGGUGUCAUUGAAAGGUUUACAAUUACCCUGCAUGGGCCUUUGUGCAGUUUGCAGGGUGGGUGUGAUAACAUUAUAUUUUUCCUAGUAACAUGUGAUGAUUGCUUAGUGUGGUGUGAUGCCUGCAGUUAAAAGAGAAAAAAAAAACGUAAAGGCUGUAAAGCUGCUAGCGCUUUUCACUUUGUCAACGUCAUAAUAGUGUCGGACUAGGGGAGUGUAGUUGGAGUAAAAAUUGACGGUGUAUUGGCUCUUUUUCAGGUAAGUAUUGUUUGGACACAUUGACAAGCUUGCUGCUAACAAGAGAGGAGGUAUAUUAGUGAUGUUCAUUUAUGGACAUGCUAUUAGCGAUGAGAGAAAGUGGCUUAAAUGUGCAACCUUGUGCCCCUUGGCAAAUGUACAUACCAUGUUCCCUUUUACACGGAUGAAAGUUUCCUUUGGCUUCUGUUCAGCAUUCUUUAGGACCUCGUAGCUUGCAUUUUCCUCAACAACAUUCUUGAGUUUACUCCUAAUGGUUAGUUUCCAGUUGCAUCAAAGUAAUGCUAAUGAUGGUCUUCUUGUGGAUUGUAUGUGUACGAAAGCAGACCAUGGCACUUUGUGGCCGGGGGAGGGGGGUAAGAAUGACUAGAUGGAAGUGACCUUGCUUCUUUUGAAAUCAUUACAAGUCUACAUUUGUGGUUCCCGCAUUGCUAAGUGAAAACCAGGUCGCAUUUUCAUUCAUGACAGUGCAUCUAUGCUUGACAGCGCACCACUCCAGGGAAGUCGUAAUGCCCUUUAAUUAACAUAAUGAUUCACAUUAUACAUUCAAAAUGAUGCUUGAAAAUGCUGGAGUUGGGCCCGUCAUUUGCUGCGGUGGCUGGCUGUUUGCUUCGCAGAACACUUGUACUUGACCAUUCGUGGUAGCUGCACAAACUCGUGUGAAGUGUGGCACUUAGUACUAUCGAUGACUCCCACUCCCGGAACUCAUUAAAGUAGUGUUUUGUUGAAGUGAAGUUCAGUCACUGGGCACUCAGUGGCACUAUGUUGAACAGUCUUUUACAAGUGCUGUUGUCUUUUUUUCGUGUGGGUCCCAGGAGGUGCAACUCGCAUUAGUUGGGUAUCAUUGCUUCUAGGAGAUGCCCAAUAGUGAUGCCUUGUGCACAAGUUCUGUGCAGGCUGGCUGGCUUCGAAGAUUCUUGAGACUACCACACACACACACCAUGGCCCACGUGCUCGCGGCUGCACAGUAUGUGCUAGUGUCCUCGACUCUGCAGGUCUGGAGGCAACGAUGACGACUAGCUGUUGCUGUGUAAACUUCCCGCUGCCAUGAGUAGCACAAUAAAAGCAUUGUUUGUGCAAGACUAAAGCUGA